UACUUGUAGCCGUGUCUCCUCACUCGCUGCGCAGGUGCAGCCAGAGCGGAGGAAGCGGCGCGCUGGCGGCUCCACACGGGUAUUCGUGACGAAUCAUCAUGUCUUCAUCAGAAAAGAACGCUGUGGUCACGCCGGCCUGGGUGGACGAGAAAUUCGUAAAGGAAGCGCUCAGUGAAGCGGAGGGCAAGCAGGUAGCAGAGGUAUCGUGCGUGAGGGUGGAGCCGGCGGUGAAGGCGGGGGCCAACUUCAUGAGCUCGCUGCUGCGGCUGUCGUGCGAGGUGCGGGUGGCCGGCGGCGGCGUGGCGGAGGCGCGCAGUCUGGUGCUCAAGGUGGGGCUGGGUGCGGGGCCCAUGGCCGACCUGGCCGAGGAGGCGCAGGUGUUCGUGCGCGAGGCGCGCGUCUACCGGGAGCUGUUGCCGCGGGCCGAGCAGGCUCUGCGGGCGGACUUGUGCGUCAGCGGCUUCCGCACGCCGCCACCCGGCGCGGGACUGGACCGCGCGCACUGCUCGCUGGGCCUGCGCGCUCUGGCGCGCCUCCACGCCGCCUCCGCGCGCCUGCUGGAGGACUCGCCCUCGCUGCGGACGGACCCGCUGCUCUCGCGGUCGCCGCUGACGAGCCGCGACGCGUGCGACCAGUUGGCCAGCAUCGUGCCGCGUCACGCGCUCGCCCUCUCCGCCGCCCUCGCCGCCAGCGGACGGGGCGCCCUGGCCGACAGGUACGAGGCGGCGGCCGAGCGCAUCGUGGGCCGCCUCAGGCAGCUGGACGGCGGCGGCCCGCCGGCUCUGCAGGUGUUGCUGCACGGCGACCUCUGGAAGAACAACUUCCUCUUCCUCUACUCGGGCCAGCAGCCCACCGACGUCCGGCUACUCGACUUCCAGAUGGUGAACAUUGGAGCUCCCACGAUAGAUGUGGUGCACUUCCUGUACGCAAACGCCAGCGAAGAAACCCACCGCCAGCACCUGGAGCAGCUGGUGUCUGAGUACCACGACACACUGCAGGCCACCUUGAAGGCGCUGGGGCUGCACCAGCAAGCUGACGCCUACCCACUGCAGGAGCUCCGGAGGGACAUGGACCGCUGCGCUCCCAUCGCCAUCCAUUGCGCAGUCCUCAUGGGCGUCAUACUCGGGGUGGAGGCCCACGGAGUCGACAUACAACAGAGCUACAGAAGCGAAGACAAGCAAGCUGAAAUACUCGCCAAGGUUUACAGCAACCCUACAUACCUCAGUUGCAUCGAAUACUUGUCUCCUCACUUUCAGAAGCUGGGAGUGCUCUAGUUGACCGCAAACUCGGGUGCAAAAUGUUUCUUCGACUGAGGUACUAGUAAUAUUAAUGAAAAAUGUUUCGACUUACGCGCCCAAUUGCCCAAAGACAAAUAUUAGUUCAAUAUUUUUGACUAUCUUAGAUUAAAUUUAAAUUGUAAUAUCCAUGUUGUCUACAUCUUGCUCUACAUCAUUGGGGAGAAAUAAGAUUGCACCACAAAGCAACUUAAUUCUUGGAGGGCACCAUACCGUAAGCAAACUGAAAUUAAUGUGCAUACAGUGCAACGUGUUGAUAUGUUCUGUGAGAAGAAAUGGGCACUGACUGCUUCAUUAGACCACCUAACAAAGUUUAAAAAAUUCUUGUAAAUGAAAGUGCUAGCAUUCUGUCUUGUGUAUGCUGCAGGUGAGUCAUGCAUACAGAAUGUUUAGUUAAAUUAAAAUGUACAAUGGAACUGAUUACGCAAUGGCAGUGAAAUGUUAAAGUUCAUCAGCUGCCUCAGUUACAAGAAUUACUGUAGC